GGAAGCGAUCUCUCAAGAAUUUGAACGAUUUUUUUGGACAAGGCUGUUCACUAUAAAUUAACUCUCCAUCGUGGAAGCUGUACAGUUGUUCAGUACAAACCAAGCAAUCAGCAAUAUGAAUUCUUUUGUUGUAGUCCUUCUUGCCGCUUUGGCCACCUCUCAAGCUAGUGUAAUCGCUAGCCAUGCCCAAAUCCUGCAAGGACCAAGCAGCAGAACUACCGUAAUUGGAAAUGACGGUAGCGCCAUUUCGGCCAUUGCCCCAGGAGGUUCCAUCAUCACCGAAGAACACCACGGAGUUGUCGCUCAUGCCGCUCAUGCCGCUCCUGCUGUGCUUGCCCAUGCCGCUCCCGCUGUUGUUGCCCAUGCUGCCCCUGCUGUAGUAGCUGCUCCCGCCGUUGUUGAAGCUCGUGCCGCUCCCGUUGCUGUGGCUCAUUCUGCCCAUUCCGUAGUUCACUCUGCUCCCGCCGUUGUGGCUCAUGCCGCCCCCGCCGUUGUAGCUCAUGCUGCCCCUGCUGUAGCUGUCGCCCACUCGGCCCCUGUUGCCGUUUCCCACUCUGAACAUUCCAUCGUCCACCAUGCUCCUGCUGUAGUAGCCCACGCUGCCCCCGCCGUUGUGGCCCAUGCUCCUGCUGUGGUUGAAGCCCGUGUUGCCCCCGUAGCUUUUGCCCAUUCUGCCCCUGUUGCUGUAGCCCACUCUGCACACUCUGUAGUCCAUUCUGCCCAUGCUGCUCCUGCUGUCGUAGCUCACGCUGCCCCUGCUGUUGUUGCACACCAUACCGCACACGCCGUUGCCGAUUCCGCUAUCGUCGGACCUUCUGGUAGCGUUGUCACCGGAAGAGCUCAUGUUGCUCCUGCUGUUGCUGUAGCUCAUGCUGCUCCUCUUGCUGUUGCUCAUCAUGUCCCUGUUGUUGCACAUUCUGCUCAUUCCGUUAUUGCACAUCAUUCAGCCCCAGUUGCCCGAGUUUGGUAAUUUGAACAAGUGUGGUCAGUAUAGUCGGAGAUUUUCCCGUUAAAUGGGAAAUAUCAAAGAUUAUCUUAUUUUUAUAAUGACAAGCUUGUUAACCUGAUGUUAAUUUAUGUUAAAUUAUUGUACUGAAAUUGUGUAUAAAUGUGUAAAAAUAAAUUGUUACUGAGCAUUA